UAAUUUUUUUUAAUUGUUUUUAGGGAAAGACAAAGAAAAAACAAAAGCGCAAUUUGUAUAGGGUAGGGGUAACAAAAUUUUAGACUAGGGUCCUUUUCCGGAUGCUUAUCUUUUUUCUGUAUAAAAGGCGGACAGGCCAUAUCAUAUUGGGUCAACGCUCCGAUUUUCUCAUCGCAAUAUCAUCCAUCUUCUCCUAACUUUUCUUCUUCUUAUUAUUAUUCCAUGUCGGUUUCGGGCAUUCAAGGCCACCUUCUCGAGGUCACUGUUGUCGGGUGUAACAAAUUGAAGGAUACUGAAUGGAUUUCAAGGCAAGAUCCCUACGUUUGCCUUGAAUAUGGCAGCACCAAAUACCGUACAAGAACCUGCACAGAUGGUGGCAAAACGCCCACAUUCCAAGAGAAAUUUACGUUCUCGCUAAUUGAAGGGCUUAGAGAGAUAAAUGUGGUGGUUUGGAACAGCAAUACUUUAACGUACGAUGAUUUUAUUGGCAACGGAAAGAUUCAAUUGCAGAAGGUUCUUUCUCAUGGCUUCGAUGAUAGUCCUUGGCCGCUUCAGACGAAAACCGGCAGAUAUGCAGGAGAAGUGCGGCUCAUAAUGCAUUAUGGAAAUGCCAAAAGCCCAGCCACAACAUAUGCUCCAUCAGCACCACCAUAUGCAGCUCCUCCUCAUCAAGUCCCUCUAUACUCUACACCUCCACCAACAACUUCAGCAUCUUAUCCACCACCAGCUACGGCAUAUCCAAUUCCAUCACCAUAUCCUGCAUAUCCUACAUAUCCAUCAUCCACAUAUCCUCCUCCACCAGCUGCAUAUCCUCCUCCACCUUCUGCAUACCCUCCACCUCCCCCACCUUCAGCAUAUCCUCCUCCUACAUAUCCACCAGCCUCACCCUAUUAUCCCCCAGGUCCUUUUCCGGGCCUUUAUCCACCACCACCAUACUAAAAUCCUCAGGGAGAAGACUUUCAACUUAGAGGCCUUUAGGUCUCAAUCUCUUCAGAGAUGGUUGGAAUUUAUGGAUGGGAGAUGGUUAACUCCGAUGUGUAAACCAAAUACGUUGAGCUUUCACGUGUGACCAAAAAAAAAAAACCAUUUAAAUUCAAGAUAUCCUAGUGAUGAAACAAGAACUAGAACUUCGGUUCGCCAUUGUAUAGGAUUUACUGUUUAUAAUUUUCAUCCAGUUUGGUGGAUGGGAGUGGAUUUUGAUGAAUAUUUAUCCAUGUUUCCGAAUUGUUAAUACAUCUCAGGUUCUGCAA